GGCAAAUGAAGCCAUGUUUUUUGCUUACAAACAAGUAACAUCUUAACGCCCGGAUACGGAGCCGUGCGCCGAUGCGCUGCGCAAGAGAGGCCGGUGCAACCUUCAGCUCGCUCUUCUUAUUUAUCACAUCUGGACGUUUAGAACGGGAUAGACGAUUGCUUUUUACAAGAAAAAAACAAACACAUAGAGCUUUUACUCGGGAUAUCGUGCCUCUUUAAAGAAAACUACUUGGCCUGCAACUCUAAAAAGAGAGCGAGAACGCGGCGCCGAAACCACAGAGGAAAUAUUAUCGGAUACAGAAAAUGAGUUUCGGGGUGAGCUGGUGAACCAGCGGUGGACACGAGGCGAGAGGACCAGCAGCCGCUGUCAGGCCUCCCAGAGACUGCAGAGCCGUCGACCAAUCAUGAUGAGCGUAGAGGGUGACGAUAAGCGAACUCGCACUCGGUCCAAGGGAAUCAGAGUUCCUAUUGAGCUUGUAGGACAAGAGCUGAGCUGCCCCACCCCUGGAUGCAAUGGCUCAGGCCAUAUCAGUGGGAGAUACUCACGACACAGAAGCAUUCUGGGUUGCCCAAUAGCAAGAAAGCGCCGUCUAGACGAAGCAGAGGCAGAGCAGGAACAAGAACAGGAAACAGAACGGCCUGCCUCCAAGAGGAAGUCCCACCCCCUGAAACUAGCCCUAGAUGAAGGUUUCAGUGCAGAGAGUGACGCAAGCAGUGAGGCUGAGGGCGAUGGAGAGAAAACAGAAGGAGCCAAGGUAGAAGAGGAAGUGGAGGAGACAGACACAGGUGUGGAGGAGGAGAGAGAGGAAAUGACAGAACUCACACAGGACGGACAGACAAACGGUCGGGAGGAGAACACACAACAGAAAGAGGAGGAAGAGACGUAUAAGAAGGAGGAGAAUUUUGCAGCUGAUGAAGAGGAGGAGUGUGUGAUCAUCGAGCCUGAGCUCAGAGCAGCGGUACCUGCAGCUGAGGAGUGUCACUCUCCCUCACAGAGCACCGAGGAGGUGGCCAACUCUCUCCUCCACCUGGGCUGUGUCAACAGCAACAAUGCUCCAACUGUGGCCAUUCAGCAGACUGUUGCUAUGGAGACCAAGAAGGAUGUCACAUUGGCCAUUACACAGGGUGAAGAAGUAAAGGAAGAGCAGGAGAAGGACACGAACGAGGGAGAAGAGGAAGAUGAGGAGGUGGCACAUGGAGUUCAAGCACUGAAGGAGUCAUUUGCUCUGCAGCAGGAGGCAGCUGAUGUGGAGGAUGAGCAAGGGGAGCACGAAGAUAUGAGCAACCACAUGAGCCCACAGCAUCUGACUAAAAGGGACCAGUGUGAACAGUUCAUAGGUAAAGACAAUGAAAAAGAAAAGAUAGUAGUGCCAAUGCAGCAGAGGCAGGGCACUUCAGCAGAUGAGGAGGAGCACAGGGAUGUUUUGCCCAUUUCUGAUGUGCCAACUGCCAUCCGCAUCAUCACCAGCACCGCAGCAGCUCAGGGAACACACAAGGCUGAAGACCACAGGGCCAGUCCUCUGGAGGACUACAACUCAUGCGGGGCAAGUCCCUUUGAGAACAGAGCCAGUCCACAAGACAGCUCUCUUAAAGCUAGCUCAAUUCAGAACUAUAAGGCCAGCCCUCCUUUAAGCUACAGCUCCCACAGGGCCAGUCCACUGGAGGACUACUUUCCCAUUCCCAGAGGGGAGAACUACAAAAUCCACAAAGCUUCAUCCUCAGCCUCUCCUGACAUUAUCGAGGUACGAUCCGAUAAGUCGGAGGACAAAGACUUUGACGAUGUGGAUGGAGAUGACGAGCGCGAUGAUGAAGACAGCCUGUCACAGCGCUCGGCAGUGACGGACGAGUCAGAGAUGUUCGACAUGACCCGAGGGAACCUGGGCCUGCUAGAGCAAGCCAUUGCCCUGAAGGCAGAGCAGGUGAAGCCAGCAGGACCCAGAGAGCUGCUCCGCACACCAGAUAUCCACCACCAGCGGUACUUCACCAUGGAGGACAGGCCCAAGCACCUGGACGUCAUCCGCAAGGGCUAUUUCAGCAAAGAGAGCAGCAGGCCAGAGAAGAGGGAGAACAAGUGUCCCACACCGGGAUGUGAUGGCACUGGUCACGUGACCGGUCUUUACCCCCACCACCGCAGCCUGUCAGGCUGUCCGCACAAGGACAGGAUCCCCCCAGAGAUUCUGGCCAUGCAUGAAAACGUGCUGAAGUGUCCGACUCCUGGCUGCACAGGUCAGGGCCAUGUCAACAGCAACCGCAACACACACCGCAGUCUUUCUGGUUGUCCCAUCGCUGCUGCAGAGAAGCUAUCUAAGAGCCACGAUAAGCAGCAUCUCUCUCAGUCAGCGAGCGAGCACCUCAAAGGAAGUCCCAAUGACAGAGUGCUGAGCCCCACCCUGACGUCCUCUCCCUCUCCCCCCUGCAGACCCAUGUGUUUUGUGAAGCAGCUAGAGGUGCCCCAGUAUGGGAGCUACAGGCCCAACAUGGCACCUUCCACACCUCGCGCCAACUUGGCCAAGGAGCUGGAGAAGUACUCCAAGGUGUCCUUCGAUUAUGCAAGCUUCGAUGCUCAAGUGUUCGGGAAGCGCACGCUUGCUCCAAAGAUGCCCACCAGCGAAACCUCACCUAAAGCCUUCAAAACUAAGCCGUCAUUCCCCAAGUCAUCAUCACCUAGUCUCAGCCUCCACGGUUAUGGGAAAAGCUCCUCAUUGGCCUACGACUACGCCCAUGAUGCCGAAGCUGCUCACAUGGCUGCCACUGCCAUCCUUAACCUGUCUACUCGCUGCUGGGAGAAACCUGAGAACCUUAGCACCAAACCCCAAAACAAGGAAAUGGACAUUGAAGUGGAUGAGAACGGCACCCUGGACCUGAGCAUGAAAAAACCCAUUAAACGAGAGGGAAGUCUGUCUGGGACGAGCCCCGGCGUUCGGUCUCCAGACCCUUCCUCCUCCUCUUCCUCACUGCAUCAUGGUGGAAACAGCGGGAUGACAUCACCAAGCAUACACACCUACAAGCAGGAGGACUGGGAGGGACCUCUGGAUUACACCAAACCUAACCGUCAAAGAGAGGAGGAAAUGGAUGAGAUGGAGCAUACCGGCCAGUCGUACGUCUCAUCCGAACCAGAGGACUGUGACAUGAUGCAGGAUUGCCUAGAGGAGAGGAAAUACCCAGGAGAGGUCACAACCCCAAGCUUCAAGGUCAAAUUUCAGCCCAAAGAUAGCAAGAAGGAGUUGCUCUCGUGUCCAACACCUGGCUGUGAUGGCAGCGGCCACAUCACUGGGAACUAUGCGUCCCAUCGCAGUCUGUCUGGGUGUCCUCUCGCUGAUAAGAGCCUUCGGUCCCUCAUGGCGGCCCACACCCCUGAACUCAAAUGCCCCACUCCCGGAUGUGACGGCUCAGGUCACAUCACAGGAAACUAUGCCUCACACAGAAGUCUCUCUGGGUGCCCGCGUGCCAAGAAAAGUGGAAUUAAAACUCCUGCCAAGGACAACCAGGAGGACUCCGAGCUUUUAAAAUGUCCGGUGCCGGGCUGUGACAGCCUGGGCCACAUCAGUGGAAAGUACGCCACACAUCGUAGCGCUUACGGGUGCCCGCUGGCGGCCCGUAGACAAAAGGAGGGUCUUCUGAAUGGCACGCCAUUCAACUGGAAGGCCUUCAAGACAGAGGGUCCAACCUGCCCCACCCCAGGUUGUGAUGGCUCUGGACAUGCUAACGGAAGUUUCCUCACACACCGCAGCCUCUCAGGAUGCCCCAGAGCUUUGUAUGCUAAGAAGAAGGCCAAGUUCCCUACAGAAGACUAUCUGAGCACUAAGUUCAGAGCCAGUGAUGUUUUGGACAAUGAUGAGGACAUCAAGCAGCUCAACAAAGAGAUUAAUGACCUUAAUGAAUCCAACAAUGAAAUGGAGGCUGACAUGGUCAACCUGCAGACUCAGAUCUCCUCUAUGGAGAAGAACCUGAAAAGCAUUGAGCACGAGAAUAAGAUGAUUGAGGAGCAGAAUGAGGCUCUGUUCAUGGAGCUGUCUGGUCUGAGCCGAGCCCUCAUCCGCAGCCUGGCUAAUAUCCGUCUGCCGCACAUGCAGGAGCCAAUCACAGAGCAGAACUUUGACAGAUACAUCAGCACCCUGACUGACAUGUACACCAACAAGGACUGCUUCCAGAGCCCCGAGAACAAGGCUCUGCUGGAGAGCAUCAACAAAGCUGUGAAGGGCAUCAAGGUUUGAGGCUCCACACAUACAAAUGGAGAACGCAAACUGUCCCAAAGUGCGGAGAACACGGUGGAGGUGGAGUCAGGAAGGAGAGAGGUUGAAAAGCUCUAUGAUAUAUCGAAAUAUGAUUCAAAAACAAAAAAAGGGAAUUCAGGUUAUUUAAGUAAAUGGCAACUUAAAAAAAUCAACCCAGGGAGCACUCUGUUGAAGAAAAGUGACGCGGACCAAAAUCCACAUCAUGCUGCUGCUGGGAUUCAAAGGAGGAACCAGAAUAAGAUCCAUGUUACUAGAAGCUGUAUCUGGGGGUUUAAAUAUACUGUAUGUUUACCUGUUGUCUCUUUUGUGUCCUUAACUGUUUUUCGGAGAGGGUUUCGCAACUGGUCAGUCAGUUUUUUAGCAUUUCUCCUCGGCCGGAACACUGAGACAGGCGAGGCUCGAGUAUUGCUCACCAGAGCCCGGAGACAGGAAGAGGAACACUAACUGGAGCAGAAGACUCCCAACGCCACUGUCUCCUGUAGCAUUCUCAAUGGCAAGCAUCUGCAGCUCUGAAAAUCUCUCUGAUCCACAACCAUACUCGCACCACACCCCCCGGCAUGCACCAAACUGAAUGUGCGUUUGCUUGGUGGUAUUACUGCAGCAAUCAUCAGUGGGGAAAAAAAACCUCAUCGAGCAAGGUCGCGAGUUAGAUUUAAACGCUGCAGCCACCCCCCCACCCCCCCAAUAAAAUGAUAGUAAUAGUGUGCACACAUUUCGAAUUCAGUUAGUCAUAUCUAUAGUACUUAUCAGCCUAGGAAUUGCACUUCAUUUCAAUGACUAGUUUUUGUGGUACAAUAAUUAUUGUUAUAUAUGAAUUAUUUAUACCUGUGAACUUUUAAAUUGUAACUUAUUGCCAUUUAUGUUAUUGAGGUUUAUUUAUUUGAAGCAAUCUAUUUAUUAACUUUGUUUAGUGAAACACACACAUACAAAUGCAUCUUUACUGAUUAUCAAGGUCAAAAAGCAAUUUGCAGAUGUCGUACGUCAAUAUUUUAAAAGUCUAUAUAGAUAAAUGACAAGGCAUAGUUUGUUUUGGAGUACUUUUUAAAAAUCCUUUUUAAGUGCAAAUAUUUUAUAAUAGACUCAAAUUUUUUUUGAUAAUUUUACAGUAAAAAAAAAUAUUUUUUUGGCUUGUUGCUCUUGUUUUCCUCGUUUUUAUUUUGUUUGUGUUCUUUCUGUUACAUUAAAAAAACACAGAUGAGGAGAUGAAAACAAAAAGAAAGUAUGUAUUUAUUAUUUAUUUAAUAUGAAAGAAAUUGACUGAUAUGGCUGUAUAUUUAUUUUGUUAUUUAUGUGCGUGAUGUGACAGUUGAGUCUGAGUAGUCUUAAAGAUCCUCUGCUAAUAUUUAAAUAAAGAACGAAAAAAUAAAUAAAAUCAGUACAAAUACUGUUUGAUUGCUUAGGCAUAGAUGUACCAGCAGCUGAUUGUUAAAAAACAAAACAAAACAAACAAACAAACAAAAAAAAACACUCAAAAGCAAUCACUUUCACUAUCCUCUGAGUAUUUGCUUUUGUCAGGUGAUGAGAACAAUUUGUAGAGGAAUUUAAAAAAAUGUUACCUCUCCCAAGCGCUUUGUAGCAGCCAGAAGUGGCUCACCCACAAUCUCUGUGACGUACCAUGGCUGUUUAAGUGACGGUUUUGAAUUCUUUACAUCAGUGCAGUGGUACAUGUAUAGAGCUCUAUUCCAGCAGUGUUUUAGUCUGGAUGUACGAGUCUAAAACACACACAGCGACAUAUCCAACCCUCGAGGAUACUGUAGGAUGGCCUCCUUUGACAAACUUUUAUCAGAUAAACAUACACACCCUUGUAGCCUUACUCUAGAUUUUAAUUUUUUGAUGCACAAAGUGCCACUAAAAAAUAAAUAAAUAAAGGAGAAGAAGAGAACUCACUUUCUUUCCUGACUCUUCGCAUUUCUGCAAUGUAACAAUGUCUGGUCCUGAGGAGACCACAGCAUCGAGAGAGUGGUGAUUGUUUCAGAUGCCUUUAUUUCUCUGCCAAGAUGGCCAUAAGUACACUAUAUAUACAUUCUGUAUAAAUAGAUUUUAAAGAUGCUAUAUAUAUACAUAUAUAUAUAUAUGAAUAUAAACAUACAUAUAUUUUUACAGUGUAAUUGUUGACUUGCUCUUCUUCUUCUUCUCUUGUAUAUCCUUAUCAAAAGAUCACUAGCUUAUUGGAAAGAGAAAUGAGGAGGGAUUAUCAGUAGGAGGCAGUUACACCUUAAUUAAUAUCACUAAGACCUGCUCAACUGUGGCUUUAAACAUACCAUUGAGUCAAAGCUGAAGGCUAUGAUACAGUACAAUACUUUGGAAGUGUUCUCAUAGGAUUCCUUUUUUAAAAUUUUCUUUCCUUGUCUGUCCCUGAUCCAGAAAUGUCAGAAACAUCUACUGUAUGUUGUACUACUGAAUCUGAGAAAUGAAACCAUCAGUUUAGAUGGUUGGCUCUUUGUUCCUAAGUGUCAUGUGAGUUCAUGUAUGAAAAUUUUUUUGAAAAAAAAACACAAAAAAAGACGAUGAUGAUGCCUCUGAGUAAUGCGCAUAGUGUUUAGCAACAUUGUGCAGUGAUUGUGUUAAUAAUGGAAACAGCUCAUGCUCUGUGAGCUUUCCGAUACUGAAGUGAGCAAGUAGAAGACCGUAGUGUAACCUGCCUUUGCGUUGCACCUGCUGUGGUGUACACGACCCCGUGUGUAACUCUGAUGUCGAAGGCAUGUUUUCAAUGUGCUUUUAGCCAAUGUAGAAUGAAUCUCCUUUGUGCACUUUCUCAAUAACUGUUGAAGAUGCCAGCAUUUUAAGUCCUGACUUGUAAGAAACCCAAUAGAUAGAUGACAGGCAAUUGUCCCGCCUGUUUGUCACAUAGAAAAAAACACACAAAAAAACAAGCCGUUUCAUUCAGGGGGUUCAAAAUGUAUUUUUUAAAAAAGGAAGUGGUACUUUCUUUUCCAAACAAACAGGAAAAAAAGAACAACCAAAAGAGACUGAUGGGAAGCAGAGUUUGGUUCUCAGGUGAUUGGGGAGAGCUGCUAAAGCAGAGCAGAGCAAUGCCAUAGGUCAGCCAGUCAGCUGAGGCUAGAGGCAACAGCAGCGGCUGGAUCAAGGCCUAGAAGAGUGUGUGGGAGUGGGAAAUUGAUUUGCCCGGCUACACAAUCUCCCCUUUGCUUUAGGAGGAGGCGUUUGUUGCAUAAAUACGAGCCCGUCACUCAAAAGAAUGUCAGAGCCUUUUAUGACUUUUAUACUCCCCACACACCCCCCGCCAAAGCCCCCACACCAUGACCC